CAAACAGCUAUAAUAGAACAAGCUGAGGAAGCCCCGAAACAAUUAGCAGAGAAAUCAAAAGAUAUUCGAGAAAAGAAAGAAACAAAGCGAUGGGGCAAAGCAUUACACGUCCCAAAGCAGGCAGAGAAGUUGGAAGGAGUAAGACACAGUGUAGAUAUGAAGUUGCAAGAGACAGCCAGGGACAUUCCUACCCCAAGCAUCCUACCCCAAGCAUUCCUACCCCAAGCAUUCCUACCCCAAGCAUUCCUACCCCAAGCAUUCCUACCCCAGACACCCCUACCCCAGACACCCCGACCCCAGACACUCCGACCCCAGACACCCCGACCCCAGACACCCCGACCCAGGACAUUCCUGGAGGUGAACUGACUCAAAAGCCAACAACAACUUCAGAAACCAAGGAGGAGCCAGAAUCCCAAAAUAAAGACCUGAUACAAACAACUAUAGCAGAACAAAUUGAGGAACCCCCGAAACAAUUAGCAGAGAAAUCAAAAGAUAUCCGAGAAAAGAAAGAAACAAAGCGAUGGGGUAAAGCAUUACAACUCCCAAAAAAGGCAGAGAAAACUGAAGGAGUAAGACAUGGUGUAGAUGCAAAGUUGCAAGAGACAGCCAGGGACAUACCUACCCCAAGCAUUCCUACCCCAAGCAUUCCUACCCCAAGCAUUCCUACCCCAGACACCCCUACCCAAGACAUUCCUGGAGGUGAACUGACUCAAAAGCCAACAACAACUUCAGAAACCAAGGAGGAGCCAGAAUCCCAAGAUAAAGACUUGAUACAAACAGCUAUAGCAGAACAAAUUGAGGAAGCCCCGAAACAAUUAGCAGAGAAAUCAAAAGAUAUCCGAGAAAAGAAAGAAACGAAACGAUGGACUAAAGCAUUACAACUCCCAAAGCAGGCAGAGAAAACUGAAGGAGUGAUUCAUGGUUUAAAUAUGAAGUUGCAAGAGAUUGCCAGGGAGAAGGAUGGUAUGAUAGAUAUAGAGACUAUCAAACAUAUUUUUGAAGAAUUAGAGCCAUCAUAUAAAGACACUGCAGCAGGACCAGUGACUGGAGGCCGCCAUGCAGACAAGCCUGCCAAAAUAAAAAAGUCCACAUUGCCUCCUGAUACAGCUGAGCAAGCAUAUACUACAAAAGAAAAAAGGAGAGCCUCAAGAGUUGAAGAAACUGCUCUCCGUGAAUUUCAAGAAGCCACUCUUGCUUGUUUAGAGGACAAGCUAGAAAAGUUAAAGAAAGGUCCUCCAGUCAGUGGAAAAGCAUCAGUUCAAUUUCAACCCACAGAUCAACAAGCUCAACAAUUCUUUAAGGCAAUACAGGACAAAGUGGAAGAAUGCUUCUUGAUAAAGCAGAAGUCCCUUACUCAUCUGGAGGAAGAUAAACAGUUUUCGCAAAGCAUGGAAAAGUUGGAAGAUAAAAGUGGAGAAGAAAUAACCAAAAUUCCUUCAUCUACUCAUGUCACCCCUACUCAGGACAUAUCUACCCAAGACACAUCUCCACAGGACAUACCCACUCAGGUCCUGCCUCCACCUCCACAGGACAUACCCACUCAGGUCCCGCCUCCACCUCCACAGGACAUACCCAUUCAGGUCCUGCCUCCACCUCAACAGGACAAACCCACUCAGAUCCUGCCUCCACCUCCACAGGACAUACCCACUCAGAUCCUGCCUCCACCUCCACAGGACAUACCCACUCAGGUCCUGCCUCCACCUCCACAGGACAUACCCACUCAGGUCCUACCUCCACCUCAACAGGACAAACCCCCCUUGGCCCCACUUCCCCAGGAAAUACCCACCCUGGCCACACCUCCCAAGGAUAUAUCCACUCUGAUCCCAUCACCAUCUCCCCAGGAUAUACACCCCCUGGUUAUACCUCUCCAGGACAUACCUCCCCUGGUUCCAUCCCCAUUUCCCCAGGACAUACUCCCCCAGGUCCCACCUCCCCAGGAGAUGCCCACUUUGUUCCCACCUCCCCAGGAUAUACCCACCAUCAUCCUGUCCUCACCUCUCCAGGAUAUACCCACUCUGGUUCCACCUCCACUUCCACCUCCACCUCCACAAGACAUACCCCUCCUGAUCCCACCUCCCACCUCCCACCUCCCACCACCUCAGGAGAUACCCACCCUGUUUCCACCUCCCCUGGAGAUACCCCCGCUGCCUGGUCCCGCCUCCCCUGGAGAGAUCGAUCCUGGCCCUCCCUCCCCAGGAUAUACCACCCCUGGUCCCACGUCCCUUGGAGAUACCCCCCCAGAUCAUACCCACCCUGGUCCCAUCUCCACCUCCUCAGGACAUACUUCCUCUGGUCCCACCUCCCCAGGAGAUACCCACCCUGGUCUCACUUCCCCAGGACAUAUCCCCCCUGGUCCUACCUCCACCUCCACAGGAGAUACCCAGCCUGGUCCCACCUCCCCAGAUCAUACCCCCCAUGGUUUUGCCUCCACCUCCUCAGGAGAUACCCACCCUGGUCCCACCUCCCCAGAAGAUACCCAGCUUGGUCCCACCUCCUCUGGAGAGAUCUACCCUGGCCAGCCUCCACCUCCGCAGGAGAUACCCACCCUGAUCCCGUCUCCCCAGGUCAUACCCAGCUUGGUCCCACCUCCUCAGGAGAUACCCAGCUUGGUCCCACCUCCUCUGGAGAGAUCUACCCUGGCCCAGCCUCCACCUCCGCAGGAGAUACCCACCCUGAUCCCAUCUCCCCAGGUCAUACCCACCUUGGUCCCACCUCCUCAGGAGAUACCCAGCUUGGUCCCACCUCCUCUGGAGAGAUCUACCCUGGCCCAGCCUCCACCUCCGCAGGAGAUACCCACCCUGAUCCCGUCUCCCCAGGUCAUACCCACCCUGGUCCCACCUCCUCAGGAGAUACCCAGCUUGGUCCCACUUCCCCUGGAGAGAUCUACCCUGGCCCAGCCUCCACCUCCACAGGAGAUAUCCACCCUGAUCCCGUCUCCCCAGGUCAUAACCACCCUGGUCCCACCUCCCCCAGGCAUACCCAUCCUGGUCCCGCCUCCUCUGGAGAGAUCUACCCUGGCCCAGCCUCCACCUCCGCAGGAGAUACCCACCCUGAUCCCGUCUCCCCAGGUCAUACCCACCCUAGUCCCACCUCCCCCAGGCAUACCCAUCCUGGUCCCCCCUCCUGAGGACAUACCUAUCUUGGUCCUGCCUCCCCAGAAGGUACCCAUUCUGGUCCCACCUCCCCAGGACAAAGAAUUGUUCUUUCCACCGGAUGUCCGCCUACCUAAAUGGCAAGAGAAGAAAGAAGACCUGGCCAAGGCUUUACCUCUCACAAAAGAGGAGCAAUCUCUGGAACGUGUGCCUGAUGAAGGUGAUGAGCAGGUCAAGGAACUGAAGCAGGAAGCUGAAGAACAAGACAAGAAGAAAAUAAUUAUACCAAUUUCUGAGGAGCGACCAAAGACUGUCGACAAAGGAAAAGAGCUAUCCCCAAAAGUGAGCCAUUUGGAACCAAAGAGCUUACAGGAGUUAAAUAUUAAGAGGGAGCUUUGGUACCAGCAACUUCAAAAGGAGCUACUGACAGAGAAGGAACGAAUGCAAGAAGAGCAGUUACGGAUACGGGGGGAAUGUCAGCAAAUAGAAAAGGCCAAAGAGAAUCUGGUACAAUGGCAGGGGUUGUUUCAGAAACAGCAGGAGGAGUGGAAGCAGAAGCAGGAGCAACACAAGGAGCAGGAGCAUCUCUGGCAGAUGCAGCUUGAGCACUGGCGGCGCCUGCAGCAGCAGAACGAUCAUUAUCAGCAGUACUGGGCUGAGCAACGAGAGAAGCAGAAGGAGCAGCAGUGCAGGUUGCAGGAGGAGGUCAGACAGCUGCAACAACAGUACAAGCAGCAUGUGAUACUCCAAGGGGAGCAGGCCAAAGAACAGUGGUUCUGGAACCAGUUGAAGGAAGAGCACAGAAAGCAGCAGGAGAUCUGGAAAGAGGAGGAUAAAGAGUAUGAGAUUAAGAGAAGGCAGUGGCAGCAACAACAGGCAAAGCACGAGGGACAGAUGGAAACCCUGAGGCAAGCCCAUCUGCAGCAAGAAGAACAGUAUAAACAGUGGCAAAAAGAGCAGCAGAAGAAGCAACAAGAGCUCGAACACACGUGGGAGAAGCGCUGGCAGCAGCAACUGCAAAGCUGGCAGCAGGAGAUGCAAAAACAACAAGAUCAAGAGAGCAGAGAUCAGGAGCAGAAGAGCAAGGUGCUGGAGAAGCAGAGACCGAUACCGAAGGAACAUAAGCCCUUGAGUCCCAAAUUGAAAGUAGUGGAAAGCUCUGUUUUGGAUAUAUUUGUUAAGCCAUGUAAAAUGCCACCCGUUACUAAGGAGAAAAUAAUUUCUACCACUCCUCAGACCACUCCCUCUUCUAGUAUUGCAUUAAAGGAAGACUACUCUGAAUUAGAAACUACAUGGUUCCCUAAAAUGUUCACCAAAAUAGAAGAGCUUCCUACAUACGGCAUCACAGAGAAGCGCUACUGGAUAAAUGUGGAAGCACAGAGGAAAAACCUGAAGCUGUUGCGGGAAGCUUUUCAGAGGGCUGGUAUUUCACCAGAUCUAUACAAUGAUACUAAAGAAACUAUCAAGCAAGCAUUACACAGCAACGUGGAGAGGCUAGCUUUGCUCUUUCGCAAAUACAAGUCUUUCUACAAUCUCCACGAAGUCAGACAUAGCUUAAUUCUUCAGUUAGACGCUGCCAGAGAAGCAAAUGAUGGUGCCAAAAUGCAGAAUUUGUACAAGAUGGUGGACAAGGUGGAUGCUUAUCAGAAAAAGCUUCUGGACAACUGGAAAGUUAAGCAGAAUGUUGUAGAGAAGCAGCGCCAGCACUGCCUUACAAAAAUGGUUGAUCUGUUUGCCCAGCUCCAUUCGAGUGCCCAACUCCAUCUCAACAAUCCAUGCCUAUUGAUAGUUAAAGCAGAAGAUAUCACAAAGAAGGAGACCUUCCACAUGCCUCACAUUAGACCAGACUUCUUGAAGACUAAGGUUUACAAAAGCCCCCUGAUUAGGGUGAAGAAAUCCCAAGAUUUCACAGUAACAGCUAUGGUCAGAAGAAAGCCAAGCAGCGAGCAAAUAGAAUCACUGUGGAAGACCGAUAUCACAGAACUGAGUUUUCCCCUUGGACCCAAAGCACCUGUGUCUUUUCUGUGGUCUGAGACCUCUGGCUUUCCAGAUAUUCCUAGAUUUUUGGAAUUAGACAUUUCCUCUGUGAGGGGGAAGCCCCUUCGAUAUAUGGAGACUCGGAUUCAGAAUAUUCCCAGAUGGAAAAUAUCUGGAUAUAAUUUUAAGCAUUUGUAAAUUAGACAAUAAUCACAAUUUGUUUCAAUAUGUUAAAACAAUAUGUUAUAUAAGGGGUUGAAUAACAAUAUACAGUAUUUAUUGUAGACCUGAUCCAUUUAUAUUUUUCUGAUAUUUUUUAUUAAUUUAUUUAACUGAUACUUUUAUUAGUUUGUUUAGCUGAUACUUUACUCUUCAACAGAGAGUCCAAGAUACUUUAAAAAUAGUUUAUAUGAAUCAGCUUCAUAUUAUAAAACAACCAAUAAAUAAAAACCAUUAUAAAACA